AUGACUUCGUCUUGGCUUAGCAGAUUGACUCUAUUAAUAGGGUGUGUAGGUAAGUAUACCAUUUAAAAUCUGAGACUUAUGAUAGUUGCGCAACAAGCUCCAUGCCCUCCUGGAUGGACAUAUAAAUCGCAUACCAAUCAAUGCUAUCUUCUGUCUUCCAUCAAUUUACCCUACAACGAGGCCGUUGAAUACUGUAAAAAAGACGGUGGCAGUUUAGUUUCGUUGAAAACUCAAGAUGAGUAUGAUUACGUCAGAGGUAAAAAGCAUUUAUUUAGGCCCUAUUUCUUCAGAACUAUACAAUAACAACACAAAAGGCUUUUAUCCCCCAUGGAUUGGACUUAAGAGAGACAGUAGAUGGUAUUCCCCUGUUUGGAGAUGGUCUGAUGGAUUUGUUGCCUACUUUACAAAAUGGCUGAAAGAAGAACCGACCAAGACUGCGGACAAUGCUUGUGUCGCCUGGAGAACAAUCGAGAACCAUGGUUGGAAGACUUUGGGAUGCAAAUAUGCUCAGAGAUUCAUCUGCAAACAAGCCUCUGCAAAGUGGGUAAAAUAACUUUAAACAUGAAAUUUUAUUUCAGCUGUCCGACAAGAAAUUAUGAGCGCCCUGAAGGAGUCUUGAGCUCCCCAAACUUUCCAACUAACUACCCCAACAAUCUGAACUGCUUCUAUCACAUUAAAGUGAAACCAGGAUACAGAAUCAAACUGGAAUUCCAUGACUUCUAUACCGAGAAUUACUUUGACAAGGUCGUGUUGUAUGACGACUAUAACGGAAACCUUACCAACAAGAUUGAUACGUAGGUAAUGGCUGAAGGAAUACACUCGUUUUAGUAUCUACGGCACCUAUCUCUUCAAGAAAAUAUACGAAUCGUCUGAAAAUGUGUUAACAUUGAACUUUAUAACAGAUCACAUUAUCACUCGCCAGGGUUGGAAUGCUACUUAUACAUCAGUGUAAGUCUAGGAACACGAAAUAACCUUCCCAUUAGACACAAAGAACCGACGCAAGAGCUUCACGACCCUACAGGCACCAUUACUAGUCCAAACUACCCCAAGAACUAUCCUAAUGACAUUGAUCAGCUCUACUUGAUCAGCACUCUUCCCGACAAAGUUCUCAAUAUCACGAUCACCGACUUCAACCUCGAGAAAAACUAUGACUACUUGGCAAUCCAAGAUGGAAAAGACAUAAUUAAGAGCAAACAAUUAACAAGACUAACUGGAACAGAUGUUAAAACUCCCCUCUCUUUCCUUACUAGUCAAAAUUAUGCACUUGUCAGAUUUUUCACCGAUCCCAGCCUGAAUUAUCGAGGAUUCUCUCUCAACUACGAAGCGGUAGAAAAAUAUUAG